ACAAACUACCCAAGAAAAUUUUGUAAGAUGGUCAAGAUGAUGAUGAAAGUAGCUUUUGCGAUGACGUGCAUGCUGGUUGCAGUCACAACCGCCGACAAGGCAGACCGUCCUUGGCCACCUGAGUGCCUGGAGGUGGCGAACGUGAUGGUGGAAGAAUGCAAGUUGUUCUUCGUCGAACAGGAGUCGCCUCCCACCGCCGAGUGCUGCGGCUGGUUCAGUAGCCGCCAUAAAAAGGCGGAGGACAGGCGGCGGAUUUGCCGGUGUAUGAAGUUUCUGACCACAGCCUUUGAAGCAAUCAAGCCAGGCGUUUUGGCUCUCUCUGAUCAGUGCCAUUUCGGAGAUGGCUUCCCCAUGUCUAAGAACCACGCAUGUGCUUAGUAUGGGAGGUUCAAAGAUGAGAAGAAGUAUGCAAAGAACAUCAUGAUGUUUGUAUCUCAAGGC